UUAAGAUUUACUGUUUAGCUUCUAAUCUGUGAUGUGUCUGUCAUUUAGUCUAAUGUUAUUUUUAAAUAAUUAGACAUAAAAAUGGGAUUUGUCUAAAUAUACCUACUCAUUGAGUAUUUAGCUCAAUUAAUAAAUAACGAAAGCGGGUUUUCGAAACUGAAACAUGUUGACGAAAUAUAUGAUAUCAUUUAUUCUUUUGUUAACGCCCAAUAUAUUGCUGUGCGCUUCGGCGGCGGUGCACGGCCACAAUGUGGACAGCCCCGAGCGCGAGUCGGACGGAGCGUACAAGCCGCGAGAUUACGAGCACUACAACGACGUCGGUCACAACGUGGAGUUCGAUCACGAAGCGAUAUUAGGUAGUGUGAAGGAAGCCGAGGAGUAUGACAGACUCAGCCCCGAGGAGUCCAAGAAGCGGCUCGAGCAGCUGCUACCCAAGAUGGACCUCGACAGAGACAAGUUUAUUGACCGGGAUGAACUCAAGAAGUGGAUAUUAAACUCAUUCAUUAACUUAUCCCAAGAGGAGGCGGAGGAGCGAAUGUCCGAGGCCGAUGACAACAAUGAUGGAGUCAUCACUUGGUCUGAAUAUCUCCGAGAUGCAUUCGGAGCUGAGAAUGAAGAUGAAAUCAGCAUCGAUGACACCGGAGAGACUGGCAUGUUGCUGCCUGAGGAGAAGGCUAUGUGGAAGGCAGCAGACAAGAACGGUGACGGGACCCUCGACUUUGAAGAGUUUGCGGUGUUCACCAACCCCGAGGAACAUCCUGAAAUGCAUGAGUACCUGCUGCAGCAGACGCUCAGGGAGAAGGACCGCGACGGAGACGGAAGGAUAGACUUCCAGGAAUACGUGGGAGAUAGAGGUGUCCAGCAGGACAAGGAGUGGUUGUUGUCUGAGAGGGACAAGUUCACUCACGACCUGGAUCGAGACAAGGACGGCUCGCUGGACGCGCACGAGCUCACCAGGUGGCUCAUACCCGACAACAACGAGAUAGCCGAUGAGGAGGUGGACCACUUGUUCGCGUCCGCCGAUGACGACCACGACGGCCGUCUCUCGUACGAGGAAGUCGUUGGCCACCACCACGUGUUCGUGGGCAGCGAGGCCGCUCCCGACCACAGAUACUACGACGAGCUGUAGGGUGUCCCAACGCUAUACGACAUACGUUGUAGCACUUUAGGCUUACAUCGGUCUCGCUACAUAGAGACGCUGCCAAAUAUUUAUACCACUUGAGCCACGUGUACGUGUCGUUAGUACUUAUAAUACAUUUAAUACCCGCUCGUGUAUGAGAGACACGACCGGAUUAAAUGCAUUUUUUUUUAUUUUAACUUGUAAAGUACCGUGUAUAUACAUAUAGCUGGCCUAAAUGUUGUAUCCGUACUGAACCGAGGCUAGUUUUCCUGUUAAUAUAAACUAAGCAAAUUCUUUAUCUUACCUUCAACUGAUUAAUGUUUUAGCUGAUAAAUCAUAUUAACAAUAUUUGUAAACAACAAGAUUCUGUGAGUGUCUUGUUUGUUAGUUUACGAAUAUCUUCAUACAACGCCGCUGUCUAAAUCCGUUUCCGUAUAAUGAUUCCUACCCCGGGGUAUGUGUCAGUCGUCACUCAGCAUCUCCGAAGGCCAGUAGUAUAUUUAAACAAUAUCUGUCAUCAAAAUCUGCAAGUCAGUAAAAACUAGUUAGAAAUUGUUCGCAUCGAAAAUUACUAUUUUAUUAGAUCUGAAAAUCGUGGCUUAAUUAAUGUUGUUCCUUUUACGAGUCUAGAGUAAAUGUCUCUAGUAUGCCUAGUCCGAGUUUGUGACGUCACACUACGUACAGAGCGUUUUCCGUUUCUAAUACAAUAACUUAGAUGUACGAGUAGAAUAAUAUUAACUCUACUUAUAUUGUGUGACUUUGCUUACUAAGCGUUCUGUUCAUUAAACUUAACAUAUACCUAGAUGUAAGUAAUUUGUUACGAUGUUUUAUUAAAAAGUAUUAUCAUUUAUCGGUUUCUCUGAGUGUAGGUACUCCCUUCACUUCAUUAUUCUAGUGUUACUAUUUGUUAGUCUGUAAAUUAAAAUAAACUAUUUUUAACCUGUACGUGACUUUGUAAACGAUCUUAUUAUUUAUUAUGCAUUCGUUGAGCGGCGUCGAUGAUAUGAGAGGUAAAUAAAAAUAAAAGGCAACAAAAUAAUUUACAA